AUGUUGUCUUCAAAGUUCUUCCGAGGCCUCUGCGCUGUCUUCGUCCUCCUUCUCGGCGCCAGCUUCGCCACGGCCUCCCCAGUCGCCGUCAACGCGGAGCUAGGCCCCCGCACCCCAACCGAAGAUACCGCCGUCGCGGCCCGCGCUUCAGGCGGUGGCUGGUGCUGGCCCUUCUGCAACCCCUUCAGCGGCGGCGUCCCCAACGCCCCAAACCACUUCGACUUCCGCCCGCCCGCGUCAACGGCCCGCGCGCAGUACUUUGACACCCCGGACAAUCAAGUCACCCUCCGCGCCGAGACGCAGACCACGGGUGCCGUGCUGGUGACCGUCUCGGUCGGCACGCGGUACACUCUGCCCGCGCACGCCGAGAUCAACGUGCGGCUUCUGGUGCGGGGCUGGGACAGGACUUGUGAGAGAGUUGCUUAG